AUGUGUGCAGUAUGCCUUUUUCUUGAUUGUGUUGUUGAUCGCGGAGUUGGCUGCCGCCAUUGUUGCAGUUGUGUACAAGGACAAGGUUUUUUCCAUAUUAGUAGCGACUAUAGUUUUCAGAUUGAUGCAGAAGUCGAUGCUUUGAUGACCGGUGCUCUGGAUCAAGAAACUGAGGAAAUACGUGAAUUUAUGGAUCUAGUGCAGUCAUCAUUCCACUGCUGUGGUGCUAAAGGCCCACAAGACUAUGCCAAGAAAAGCAUACCUCCGUCAUGCAAAGGUGAAGGAAAUGUAACAUACAAUGAGGGCUGUGUGGUAGUCUUUGGAUCAUUUUUGAAACGAAAUCUGAUCAUUGUCGCCUGUGUUGCAUUCGGUGUAUGCUUCUUCCAAUUGUUAAGUAUCAUCAUUGCCUGUUGUUUAGGCCAACAGAUAAGAGAAUAUGAAAAUGUGUAA